AUGCAAAAUGGAAAGGUCAUCGCUUAUGGAUCCCGACAACUGAGGCCGCAUGAGAAGAAUUAUCCAACUCACGAUUUGGAACUGGCAGCAGUAGUAUUUGCCCUUAAGUCCUGGCGUUACUAUCUGUACGGAGAACAGUUCGAGGUGUUCACUGAUCACAAAAGUUUGAAGUAUCUAUUCACUCAGAAGGAGCUGAACAUGAGGCAAAGGAGGUGGAUGGAAUACAUAGAGGACUACAGUUUCAUGUUGUCUUAUCACCCUGGGAAGGCCAAUGUAGUUGCUAACGCUCUCAGUCGCAAAACUCGAGGACAAUUGGCAAGUAUGGCUAUCAAGGAAUGGAAAAUGAUGGAAGCCAUUAAUGAGUUUAGACUUCAACCUACUGUAAGUGCAGGAGGAGCCUGCCUUUUUGCUUUGUUUGCCACACCUGCUUUACAUCGAGAAAUUCGGUUGGCCCAAACCUUUGAACAGGAGUUUGAUUUCAUCAGAUAUCAACUAUCAACUGGAAAAGCAUCAGCAGGAUGGGAAUUCACUCCGACAAGAGUCUCCGUUUCCAAGAACGAAUUUUUGUACCUGACAUUGGUACACUUCGAGAAGCCGUACUGA